AUGGGCGUUAACGGUCUCUGGACCGUGAUCCAGCCGUGUGCACGGCCUACCAAUCUCGCAACGCUCAAUCGGAAGCGUCUUGCCGUGGAUGCGUCAAUCUGGAUCUAUCAGUUUCUCAAAGCUGUUCGCGACAAAGAAGGCAAUGCGCUUCGCAACUCGCACAUUGUGGGAUUCUUCCGGCGCAUUUGCAAGCUCCUCUGGUACGGCAUUCUACCGAUCUUUGUAUUCGAUGGCGGUGCCCCAGCACUGAAGAGAGCAACCAUCCAGAAGCGCAAGCAGAGACGUGAAGGAAGACGAGAAGAUGCUAUCAGGACGGCAGGAAAGCUCCUUGCCGUUCAGAUGCAGCGCCUUGUCGAAGAGGAGGAAGAAAAACGCAGGAAAGAAAAUGAAAGACCACGAGCAUCGAGGGCGGUGGAAGAGGAAGAGGAAGUCAUUCCCGAUGCUAGCAAAUUGGUCUAUGUUGAUGAGAUCGGAAUGUCCCAGCAGGAGAGGAUGCGGAACCGCAAGUUCUAUAAGCAGGACGCGUAUCAUUUGCCCGAGCUUGAAAACGGCAUAGCAUCAAUGGGAAAACCAGAUGAUCCGCGAAUCAUGAGCGUGGAAGAGCUGGAAGAGUAUGCGCGCCAAUUCAAUAACGGAGAGGAUAUCAAUCUGUACGACUUUAGUAAGAUUGAUUUUGACGGCGACUUCUUCAAAAGCCUUCCGCCACCGGAUAGAUACAAUAUCCUCAAUGCGGCUAGAUUAAGGAGUCGUCUGAGAAUGGGCUUGAGCAAGGAACAGCUUGACGACAUGUUCCCCGAUCGCAUGGCAUUCUCAAGAUUUCAGAUUGAGAGAGUUAAGGAGAGGAAUCAUCUCACACAGCGGCUCAUGUAUGAAGUCGGAAUGUUAGGUACUGACUUGACGCUCAAUGUCAAUGCUCGAAUCGCUGGAGAAAAGGAUCGAGAGUAUAUCCUAGUCAAGAAUGAAGGCGUUGAGGGAGGCUGGGCGCUCGGAGUAGUCAGCAAGGAGAAGGACGUUGGAGAAGCUCACAAGCCAAUCGACGUGGAUGCCAUCCAAUUUCAAUACCAGACAAAAGAAGAGGAGAGCGAAGAGGAAGACGACUUCGAAGAUGUGCCGAUUGUGGGUAUUAACCGAUUGCCCAAACCAUCACAAUUUGCUGCGGCAGGUCUUGACGCUGCUCAAGAUAUCAACAACCGACGACAGCAAUUCUACGCAUCUAAUAGGCAGGGAGCUGUCAAUGAAGCUGCCGGCGAGGGCUCGCUAUUUGUUGAUGGACAAGUAGAGCCAACGGUGAAUCCGCUCGACGAGCAGCCUACGGAACUUAUGCAUCCUGAAGAAGAACAUGAUCUCAAUCUCGCUAUUGCUCUAUCGUUACAAAACCAACACGGUAUUGGCCAGGAACCCGACGAGGGAUCGGAUGUCGAAGAUGAAUCUCGAGAGAAGCCAAAGUGGACUCAAGUUGCGGUGGAAGCACCCAAGCCUAUUAUUGGCCGCGGCGGGGGCUCAAUGAUUGCGCAUAUUGUAAACAAUAGAGCCAAUGCUGCCGUUCCAAAACGGCAAGAAGCCCCAAUCACAGCGGACAAAGAGAAAGACAGCGAUAGCGAAGAUGAUAUGCAAGCAGUUUUGGCCAAAUCGCGAAAAAUGAAAAAAGCUCAGCCAAAGCCAGUAUUCGAAAACAAGAAGAAUCCAUUUGAUGGACCUCUUCCAUUUCCCAAAUUAGAUUGGGGAUCUUCUCUGUUUGCGAAGAAAAAGGCAAAGGCGUCAGAGGAGAAGCCGAUUGUAGUGACGGCCGGUGGAGAUGCUGUACCAGAGGAAGAGGAAGAGGAAGACGAAACAGGGAGUGGCUUUGAGGUUGAAGGACAAAGAGAAGAUGGUCCUAAACCGCUCCCUCCUUGGCUAGUGGAUAACGACACAGAUAUCCGAGAGGCCAUUAAGCAACAGAAAGAUGUCGAAAGAGAGAUAAAUGCCCAAGAUAGAGCGGAAAUGGAAGAAGAAGAGAGGCUUCGGAAACGAGAGCUGAGAGAUCAGCUGAUUGAGAUUGAAUCUUCAGACGAAGAAGAUGGUAGUGAUGAUGUUAAAAUCGUCGAAUUACCCCCUUCACCUGAACAGGAACGAGUUCCCAGUCCCGCAAAGAUUGAAGAAAACAACGAAGAUGAUGCAAUAAUGGAAGCGCCAGUUACCGAAUCGAUCCCCACUGGAAGUAAAGGGAAUGAAGAAGACGGUGAAUCACCAGAGCCGGAGUUUGAAGAGAUACCUAUCAUUGAGGCUCCUAGUGUUCCAGUCGUACCUGUUAUGGAAACAGAAGCACAAAACGACCAUGAGUCUCCAGAGCCUGAAUUUGAAGAUGUUGAGCCAUCGGACAGAACUUUGAUUCAAGGAAAUCUACUAGAUGAGUCAGUUUUAUUUGAGGAUAUUCCUCUGGAUCGACCCCCAGUGGAGGUUAUCCCUGGGAACACCACAAUUACAGACGAAGAGCUCUUUGGCGACGAAGAAUUCGACGAAUUCAGUGACCCUGAAGACGAGGAGCUAUUGGCACAAAUGGCUGAAGAAGCAGAUGAACACGCUCGUUUCGCCAGCGAACUCAACAACAAAUCUACUGAACAGAACAGGGAGGAUUACGAAAGAGAAUUGAGAGCUCUUCGAAGUCAACAGAAAAAAGAUCGUCGUGACGCAGACGAAGUAACGCAGACCAUGAUUACAGAGUGUCAAGCUUUGCUUCGCCUCUUCGGUAUCCCUUACAUCACUGCGCCAAUGGAAGCAGAAGCGCAGUGUGCAGAGCUAGUCCGAUUGAACAUGGUAGACGGCAUCGUCACAGAUGACUCAGAUACCUUCCUUUUUGGAGGAACGCGAGUUUACAAAAACAUGUUCAACAGCAACAAAUUUGUCGAAUGCUAUGUCGGUGCAGAUCUCGACAAGGAACUGUCCUUAUCUCGAGAACAGCUCAUCUCUCUCGCUCAGCUUUUGGGGUCGGAUUAUACAGAAGGACUACCAGGGGUCGGUCCAGUCACGGCUGUGGAAAUCCUAUCCGAGUUCCCUGGCAAGGAUGGGCUCGAAAAAUUCCGCGAGUGGUGGCGUGACGUUCAAUCUCAAGUGCGACCCAAGGAGGCCGAUGCUUCUUCUUCGUUCCGACGCAAGUUUCGCAAGUCACAAGCAACCAAGCUCUUCUUGCCGGUUGCCUUUCCCAGUCCAGCCGUCUACGAAGCCUAUCUUCAUCCUGUGGUCGAUAGCAGCACGGAACAGUUUCAAUGGGGCGUGCCUGAUGUAGCGGGAUUGAGAGAAUACCUCAUGGCCACGAUUGGUUGGAGCAAAGAGCGCACAGACGAAGUGCUGGUGCCGGUCAUUCGGGAUAUGAAUAAGCGAGAGAUUGAAGGAACGCAGAGCAACAUUACGAGAUUCUUUGGUGGGAGUGUUGGUGCUGGCGCCAGAGAGACGUUUGCACCCAGACAGAAAGUUCAAGGAAGCAAGCGGAUGGCGGCUGCGGUGGAUAGACUGAGGGCGAAUAUUGCUGGCGAGGGGCCGGCUCCGGAGGUUGAUGAGAGCUCAGUUCCCAAUAAGCGAAGGAAAACAACCAGAAAGAAGUGA